CACUCGAAAAGCAACAACAUCCAUACCUUGAACAAGCACGGCCUGAUCUCACCAACAUUCGACGAUGAGCGCAGUAAAUCUCCACCAGCCUCAAGUCCACCACCCUUAAAAAGGCUGUGUAAAAAAAGUGAUUCACCUAAAAAUUCUAGUCCAGUGCCAGCAGUAGCACCUUGCGCUACCAACACACCACGCACUCGCCCUCUCAUUGAGCCACAAGUACAGCUCGACUGUUACAAAGAUCUCGAUGUUGUUGAGCCGAAAGUGGAAUUGCCAGAAUAUGGAAGUGACGAGGAUUACUCACCAAAACAGGAAGUUAAUGCAAUCCCCGGUGGCUUUUUAAGUCUAGACGGUGGCAUGGAAGUGUUACCAUCGUACCCAUCAUCCUAUCAAAGCAGUGGAAUUGAGGGAGCACUACCAGGCCCAUCACACAGUGCUGGCGAAUCAAAUCAAGAGCAAGGUAGAAGAGUUCGUCGUGGCAGGCCACGGCUUGGCACGUCACGAGGUAGGUCAUCACCAUCCAGAAAUGAGUGGUUACCGCCUGGUCCUCUUGAUAUGAGUACGACACCACCUGCAUUGCCGGCAUUCAGGGGAUUCGAGGAAUCGUCAAGCGAUGGAGUGGUGCAUUUGGGCGAAGGGAUUGCUGUAUGUGAGGAGCAAUUGAGGGCGGUGAAAUGGAGUGACUACCGAAAAUUAACAAGGGGUCUUGCGGCGAUACUUUUUAGCCCAACGGAAUUAGCCACCUGCUCCGUCACAGGCCAACGAUGGAGUCGAGCGGGUACAGCAACGGAGAGGCCUGUGAAACCGGCGCUUGAUCGAGCUAAAGUCCAAGCAAUUAUAUUUGACUAA